UCGAUUCGGUUAGUAACAAACCGAAUCGGUUAAACCGCUAGUUUAACUUCUCAGAUGAGCACGUAGCCAUUUUUUGAGGAUCAUCGAAUCGAAUCAACCGAAGAAGAAGACGAUGAAGAUCUUCCAUGUUCCUUGUUUAGAAGACAACUACUCCUAUCUGAUAAUCGAUGAGAGCACCGGAGACGCGGCGGUUGUGGAUCCAGUUGAACCGGAGAAGGUGAUUCAGUCGGCUGAGCAGCACAGUGCCAAAAUCAAGUUCGUUCUCACCACGCAUCAUCACUGGGAUCAUGCUGGUGGAAACGAGAAGAUGAAGCAGUUGGUGCCUGGAAUCAAAGUCUAUGGAGGUUCUCUUGAUAAGGUCAAGGGAUGCACUGAUGCGGUCGAUAAUGGUGACACCUUGUCUUUGGGUCAUGAUCUCAACAUCUUAGCUCUUCACACCCCUUGUCACACCAAGGGUCACAUUAGUUACUAUGUCACUGGCAAAGAUGGAGAAAGUCCAGCUGUGUUCACUGGAGAUACACUUUUCGUUGCUGGCUGUGGGAAGUUUUUCGAAGGGACAGCUGAACAGAUGCAUCAGUCCUUGUGUGUGACUCUGGCUUCACUACCUAAACCCACCCUGGUUUACUGCGGCCACGAGUACACGGUGAAGAACUUGGAGUUUGCUUUGACUGUGGAACCAAACAACGAGAAGAUACAGCAGAAGCUAUCAUGGGCCCGUCAACAGCGCCAAGCAAAUCUUCCCACAAUCCCUUCAACGCUAGAGGAAGAACUCGAAACAAACCCGUUUAUGCGCGUUAAUAACCCUGAGAUACAGGAGAAACUUGGUUGCAAAUCACCGAUCGAUACUCUCAGAGAAAUCAGGAACAAGAAGGAUCAGUGGAGGGGCUAAGAAUCGUAGAGCUUCUUUUGCAUAAUAAAUGCUUUUCGUGUGCUGUGGUGAACCUUUGAGAAAGUUUAUACUCUGUGUGAAACUGGUAACCGUUUUUUGUAAAACCAAAACCGGACCGACAUGUAUGCCGUGUACCCUUCUCUGUUUCUAGUUUCUUGUGGAUAACAAUAAAUGAAUAAUGUCUUCGUUGUGUUUGAUCAAAAAAAUAAAAUCUUUGGAUGAAAAAUAA